GCAACGCGCGGGGCGCAGGGCGCGGGGCGAUCACCGUCGGGGCUCGGGAGGCGGGCAGUGGGCACAGGCUCCCCGGUGCCCGCCCCUCCGCUGCGGAGGGGGGCCGCGAGCGGGCGGCCGGGGAGGGGCCGGCACCGCCGCCGCAAAAUGAGCCUGCUGUCGGCCAUCGACACGAGCGCCGCCUCGGUGUACCAGCCCGCCCAGCUGCUCAACUGGGUCUACCUGUCGCUGCAGGACACGCACCAGGCUAGCGCCUUCGAUGCCUUCCGGCCCGAGCCGACCGCCGGCGCCGCACCCCCGGAGCUGGCCUUCGGCAAGGGCCGCCCCGAGCAGCUGGGCUCGCCCCUGCACUCCAGCUAUCUCAACAGCUUCUUCCAGCUGCAGCGCGGAGAGGCGCUGAGCAACAGUGUGUACAAGGGCGCCUCACCCUAUGGCUCCCUCAACAACAUCGCCGAUGGCCUCAGCUCCCUCACCGAGCACUUCUCAGACCUGACCCUCACCUCCGAGGCUCGCAAGCCCAGCAAGCGGCCCCCACCCAACUACCUGUGCCACCUGUGCUUCAACAAAGGACACUACAUCAAGGACUGCCCCCAGAAAUCUGGAGCUGCCUGUGGCUGCCCAGCCCCUGGAGAUGGGUGGAACACACAGGGCUCUGCACGGCCACCCACACCAUGUACGUACGCGGGGCUGCCAAGGGGCGAGGGUGUACACGGGCAUGUCCGCCCCUCACCAAUGCGCCUGUGCACACUUGCACAGAGGCUCAUGCCGCUGCAGGCUGCUGCCAAGUCCAGGGGACCCAAGAGCUUAGGAGGAAGCUCCUGAGCUACCUCCCUUGGGGUUCUGGAGCCGUGGGUCUGCCUUGGCCACUCACUUCCUUGUCAGUUGACUUAAAACGGAGUUGGCAGGUCAUGCCACGGUGCGUUCCGCUCACUCCCUGUGUGCAUGCAUGUGUGUGUGCAUGUGCAGCUGCAGACCUGUGCGCACCCAGGCCCAGUUCAGGGCACAGGCUCAAUGCCCCCUGUGGAGGCGUAGCAGGAAGUCCUUGCUCCAGGGCUUCUAAAAGCCAAGACUCCCCACGUGGUUCCUCCCACUCGUGAGAUUCUGGCCUUCUGGGCUUCUGGGAGCCAGGGAAGGGCAGGAGAGACAGCCAGGGCUCUGUAAGGGGCACAUGUGGGGUGCCCCAGGGACUGGGGACGGUGGACUUGCUGGGGGUCCUGCCCUGGCAGAGCAGGCCUCUGGGGCUGAGAAACCUUCUCAGAGUGGGAUGGCAGGGUCCUGGGGCUGAGCAUGGCAGCUCCAGGAGGGGCCGAGGCCUCCUGGAGGUCUCCUGACCCUUCUUCUGUCCUCACAGUUGCUUCAGACUCUCCCUAGCACUGGCCUGGGAUCCCAGGAGGCCUGAGCUUGGCCCUGCCUCUCACAGGCUGUGUGGGCUGGAGUCCCCUGGCCUUGGCCUCCUCCUCUGGAAAGUGGGGCGCCCGUGGGCAGUGGAAUGAGACCUUGGCAGUCCUGCUCUGUGCAUAUACUGGGCACACUGAGCCCUGGGAGGCUGGGGCCGCUUUUCCCUCUAGAAUCUGGUUCCAUCCUCUCCCUCCUGGGUUUUCUUCCGCUGUAGACUCAACACCCCUUCCGUUGAGUCCUCCUUCAUGGCUCUGAAGAAUUGUUUUGGGGCCCAGCAGGCAACUUGGAACAGUGGGGAAAGCCCUGGCCUGCCACCGUGGCCUGUGUUCACGUGGUUCCUGCUCUGAGCCUAUUUGCUCACCUGCAGGGGAGUGUGUGUGUUUAAUUAUAGCACCAUGCCAGGAUGCCUGGCCACAUUAGACUGUAAAUCUAAAGACAGAGGUCAAGGCCUCUUUUUACCAGCCCCGAGGUGAUUUUCAAAUCAGCUUUAGGGUGGAUCAUACCCCCAAGGGCACCUUGAGCAGGCUCACAUGACAGGUUUAUAGGCGAUUCCUGAGGACAGGAGCCAGGGCAAACAGUUAUCAUGAGGCUGCCAUCCAUCACUGUUGCCUGCUGUCCAGUGACGGCCAGUCCUCCUUCCAUCCAUCACUGCCGGCACAAGACACCGUCAUCACCUUCCCUUGCUCCACCCUGGCCUUGUCCCCCAGUCAGAGCCAGGGCAACCAUGGGCCAAGAGGGGAGCUCCUGCCUCAGCCCCCACAGCCCCACAGCUGAUUGAGGCCACACACCUGGGAGUUGCUCUUGAGCCCUUGCUCUCCUCCCCCAAGGCUAGCCCAAGUGCUGCUGACUCAACCUCCUGCCAUCUCAGGGGUCUCUCACUCUUCUCCCCUCUGCCACCCAUCCCCAGACCACACCCCCACCACCUCUCCCCAGCAAUGUGGCAGCACCCCCCUAACUGGUCCCCCCAUGUCCAACCCCUCUGUCCACUCAGCAGCCAAAGAGAUCUCACAAUGCCAGGCAGACUUUCGCAUUUUCAGCGCUUCCCUGGCUUCCCAUACUCCUGGGCUGACAUUCAACUCUAAGAUAUGGUCCAGGACCUGGACUGGCCUGGCCUCCAAGCCUCAAGCCCUCCAUGCUUCCCGUGGUCCAGCCCUUUGCACAGGCUGCUCCAGCCCCACAGGGCCCUUUCCACUGUGACGUCACUCCUCCCCAGCCACGCUGGCCAGAUGCUCCCAGAACAUGGGGCUCUGCUCAUCCUGAGCACAUCCCAGAAGGCCAGAUCAGUGUUCAAGCAUGCCACUUUUGUCUGACUGGUCAUCGUGUAUUUAUUGAGUACCUACUGUGUGCCAGGUGCUGCUCCAGGCAUGGGACAUUCCAUAGUGAACAAGAAAGAUGAGGAAAGAAUGUAGUUCCCAAUCUUGCAGGAUGACAAAUAGUAAAGAAAUUGACACCAAUGGAUAUGCUAUGGUGGCAGGUCAUAUUCAAAGACAGUUGUCAGGGAUGGUGUCUCUGAGGACAUGACAACUUGAGUAGAGACAAAUGAAGCAGGAGCAAAUGGUAUGGGCAUCUGGGGAAGGGUAUUCCUGGCAGAGGGAACAGCAAGUGCAGAGGCUCUGAGUGAGGCACAGAUGUGCUUGGCUUGUUUGAGGAAGAGCAAGAGGGCCAGAAUGGGCCUCCUGACAGCUCCAGCUCAGAGGAAGAGUUGGCUGGGAGGGGAGGGGCGGAGGCACAGGGUUGAACGCAUCCCCUGCCUUGCUCUCCCUUCUCCCGCCUCCUCCCCCAGCUGGGCAGCUCUUCUCUGGGGGACACAGAUGGGUGCUUGUCUUGAGAGCCCCCGUCCUCCCCCUGCUCCUCCAAACACUCGCAGUGGGGACAGGAAGUGUCGGCCCUCGCCUUCCAGCUGCCCGGGUGGGACACCACUGAGCUCGGCUGGCCUGCUCAGGGAGGGACAGAGGCCCUAUUGAGCCUGUUCCCUGGACCAUCAGGGACAAUAGCCACACUGAGGACCAGGAACAGCGACCAGCAUGCUUGCCCAGGAAGUUGCCAGGCCGCUGCCUGCCCCAUCCCCACACCUCCCCUACCCCUCUGGCUUUCUCCUCCAGAUACUUCUCUCAGGCUGAUAGUCAUGUCCAAAUGGUCACUUGUCCUUCACCUGCUCCCCAGAGCCCCCUGUCCUGUGCCAGACCCACGCUGGGCCCAGGGAAUCAGAGGGGACCCCUACAGGGUCUCUGUCCCUGAGGAGAGGGCAGGGAAGGAGGUGACAGACACACGAGCUGAGAGGGGUGUAUCCUAAGUGCUUCCUACAGAGAUCCACAAGGUACAGGGGGUCCCUGGAGGGCAGGGGAGAUGUCUGCUAGGAGUGCUGGUAGGGAAGGCUCCCUGGAGGAAGAGUCACAGUUCUAAAGAGCUUCCGCAGCCAGAGUUCUGCUUUGAAAGCCCAGCACCCAAGUGGCCCAAGCCUGGCAAAAACUAGCCUCUGUUACAGGCCCAGAGGUGCGCAGAAGCAGUGGCCAGGACUUGGACUCUGUCCACUUCUCAAGCCUGUGUGCUGUCUACUCAUGGAACUAUUUGCAUUGGAAGGAUCUUUAGGGAUCAUCUAGGUCAGGAAUGCCAACACAAGUCAUGUGUGCCUGCUGCCCCCGGCCAUGGCAGGGCAGGCACCACGAAAAUCACACCAUUCUUGCCUGUCGAGCUUGGAUAUAGCUGCAGAAUCCUUCACACCACAGUACUUUUGUGGCAAGUUACGAGUGGACACACAGGGAGAAGUAUUUGCCUUUCCUGAUUUUACUUUAUCCCCCCAUCAUGGACAGAUGGGGAAACUGAGACCCAGGCAGGGAAGGGGCUUAUCCCAGGUCACAGAGCUUGCUGGUGGCAGUGUGUAGGGGCUGGGUCAGGGACAGGAAGGAGGUCAGAAACACCCACCUUUUGCAGUUUAGGCUGUGAACCGUCAGAGACCGGGAAUGGGAAUGGUUGACUGCCCUGAACAGACCUUCUGUAUGGCUUCUCACUCUGAAGAGGGGAUCGCCAUUCUUCUCUGCCACGGCACCCCAUUCCUUCAUAUCUCUCAUCACAGCUUUAAUGAUCUGAAUGGGAUACUUACUUUUCUUCUGCACCUGGCUGUAAGUUCAUGGGGGCCGGGGUUGCAUCUGUCUUGUUAACCACCCUCCUCCAGUGCCUCGUGGGUGCCUAAUUCAUAGUUGUCGAGGGCACAUGUGGAAAGGAAGUAAAUGCACGUGGUGAUUGGUGCUCCAAAGCCUUCCCUGCUCCCUGGCUGGUUGUUUGGCCUGCAGACAACAAGCGGGAUCCCUGGGGGCACCUGGGAUCCAGGCAUCAAGCUGGUCAGACACAUGCCAGUAUAUAGUAAGCAGCUGGCCUAACCUGGGUAGUCCCUGAGCUCCCUGCUGGGAAACUGAGGCCCAGAGUGCUAUAAUCAUAAGCCAGGAGUCGUGCAGGCAGAGCAGGGAGCUAAGCUGGGGUCAGCUGGCUUCCGUCCAGGCUUCUGGGCACCCAAUCUUGCCACCAGCCUCCACAUCUGUAGCUCAGGGGCUGACUUUUCCCGACAGCUGGGCCCACUGGGAGCUGUGUGUGUUGGUGCCAAGGCAAACAUCGGUGGUGGAGGUGGGGGCAGGAGGUGCCUGCAGGCUCUGUGUUCAUUUGCCUUCCUGAACAGACAGGGCUGGAGCCCCUGAGCAGCCCGGCCUCCUGCUCCAUGAUCAUUGUUCCCGGUGAUGGUUUCCAGAUGCUGAGGAAUCACAGGUUUGGGGCUGGGCCAGGAGAGCCAGGCCAGCCCUCCCCAGUACCCCGCCGCCACUGACACCACCGCCGGUCUUGCUUUUAAAGAAAUGGGCCUUUCUCCCCCAAUCCAGGCUUUCCCCUCUCAAGCCCAGCAGCCUCACUGUCCUGCAACCAGCCCAGCUCCUGGGGUGAGGAGCCCUGCGCUCCACUCCCAGCUCUGACCCUAACUUCCUGUACGGCUUGAGCAAGUCACUUGCCUUCUCUGUGCCUCAGUUUCCUGGGCUGUAGAAUGGGCAGAUGGGGACAGCGUGGAGGUGACAGUAUCUGACUGGACUUUAACAGACUGUGACCAGGAUCGCUGGGGCGGUGGCUCCCCAGGUGGGUCCCCAGAGCAGCAGCAGCUGCACCGCCCAGGCAUUGAGACUCCGGUUCUCAGGCCCUCCCCAGACCUAUUGAUUCUGAGACUCUGGGGCCAGGGCAGCAGCGUGCAGUGUACCAAUGCCCCGAUGGUCCUGUGCGUGCUCUCAUGAGCGAAGAAGAGCGUGUGCUCUAGAAGCAGGGGCUUAGGAAUCUGGAAUCAGAAAGACGAGCACAGCCGUGUGGCUUCAGAAUGAGCCUUCACUUCCUGCUGGGGAAUGUGGACUGGCGCUCCCAGCCCUGUGUGUGGUAUGGUUACUGUGCAACAGUCAGCCUGGCUCCCACACCACCGAGUGCUCCUCUGGGACAGGCGCUCCCUGGGGGCAGGUCUGCACCUGGCUGGCGCUCCACCCCAUCAGCACUUUAAAGGCACUGUCUCAGACCCUAGCAAAGAGGCCAUAUGUGCACACAGGUUGCAGGGCGUGUGUCCAGCUUGCCUUCAGCAGGUGUAGAGGGGGCCCUAGGGUGGCGCUGUGGCACAGAGAGUGACAAGAUGAGCCCUGGGGCAAGGGGACAGAGACCAGAAGGGUCAAGGAGGCUUCCAGGAGGAAGUGCAGCUUCCACUGGAUUUGGUUGGGAGGCAGGGUGUGCCAGGUAGUGAGACUGGGGUGUGUAAAGGUGGGUAUGAAAACAAGUACCACCAGCCAGCCCCUUCUCCUUCUCCCUUUUCAGGGCACCAGCGGGAUUAUUGUCCUGUGGGGCUGUCCACAGACAAGGGCAAGGAGGUCAGAGCUCAAGGCCAUGUAGGAGGCAUGUGGCGUUGCAGCAGUCAGUCAGGCCUGGGUUCAGAUCCCAGCUCUGCUGUUUCCUGCCUGUGUGACCUCAGGCAAAUCUCUUAACCUCUCUGUGACUUGGAUUCCUCAUCUGUAGGGGUUACAGGGAGGAUGAAAUGGCUGGUGGAGGUAAACCCCACACAUAGCAGGAGCUGUGAGGGUUUUAGAGCCAGGGAACCUGGGGCCCAGGCAGGGGAAGUGACCAUUUGGGGACACUCCAUCAUCCUGCUUCCUGCAGAGCUUCCUGCACAGAACACCCUCGCCUUUGGGGACAGUGGAGAAAGGUCAGUUUGGGAAUGUCUUUCCAGCCCCUUGGUGAAGAAGCAGGGUCAGCAGGGGUGAGAAAUGUGAGGCUUCCUUCCUCCCUGCGACCCCCCUGUAAAAGUCACAUAAGAGCAGCUCUUCCUCUGCAGAGCUCCCCUCCACCCAAUUGAAGAACAGGUGCCACAGGUGUCCUUUGUACCUGUCCAUGGCCUUCUGGACCUCCGAUAUCUCACUCAGCAAUGAGGGAAUUGGGCAACAGUGAGAAAGGCCAUGGUUCGAAGCCUUCUGCUUAUUUGCUCUGUGACCUUGGACAGGUGACUUAACCUCUGUGAGCCUCUAUUUCCUCACCUGGAAAUGGGAUCACAAUGAAGCUACCUACAGGUUGUGUGUGUGGCCAGCCCCAGCACGCAGGGGAGACUCAGCACUCUCCACCCCGGUCUGUGGUUGUCACAGUCUCCUAAGUGCUGUGAGCUCCAGCGCUCACCCAGAGAUGGAAAGUUUGCUUCUCUUUCUACCCAGAUGAGGAGAUCGAACCCCAGAGAGAGGAGGUGAUUUAUGUGAGGGUUUUGCGAGGCUGGAAGUCAGGCCCACAGCCUCUUGCCAGGCAGCAGUGGGGGCCUCAGCCCCCAGGCCUCUGCCAGAGUGGCCCCAAACUGCUGACUUCAGCAUUUCACUGGCCAGGGCAGAUCAGAUUUCUUUUCUGGCACUUGGCCACCCUGCACACCCUUCCCCCAUCACUAUUUUGAGCUGAGCUCCCCUGUCCCCUCCUCCCAGGGCUGUGGCCCUCACACCCAAAGCCUCACUCUAGGCUGAGGCCUUUCAACUUCUUGACCCACCACCUUCCCUCCAGCCAGGGAAGGCUGGGCUGGUCACGGCCAUGUCUAGCCAGGCCUUGCCAGGGACGCCUUCAUACACAGAGCCAGGGGCCAGCUGCCCUGUGCAAAUGGCGCUGCUAGCUCAAGACAGCCGUCCAGGGUGCUCAGCGCUGCCCAAGGAGGCGUCCUGGGACUGGACAGAGCCCAUGCCACGAUCAGCCCUGGCAUUGCCACCUCCUACCUGUGCGACCUCCACCCUGCCCUAACUUCUGCUGUCCACCUCACACCUCACCCUUUGCAGGCACUGCCACUCCUGGUGUCCCUUCCAGCUGCCAAAGGAUUCUGAGCCCCAGCCUGAGCCUAGUGCUACCAUAGAAGUGAGAGGUGUGGAGGGCGCACCUGACCGCAGCACACAGAGAGGCUUGUGGGAAACAAGAUGGCAGUAGGGGAAUUUCUUUUAAAUUUCGGAUGAAAUCUCUGAGUUUGGCAAGCUGGAGGUUGGGUCAGGGCAGGACAUGACCUAGGGCAGAUCAUGUCUCUCGCCUUUCCUGGAGCUAAGCGUGUGGUGCAAACCACAGAGUCCCCUGGAAGUUCAGGGAGAGGGUCUUCUCCAGGGCAAGGCGGCGGGUGGGUUCUUGUCUCCACACCAGCCAGCCUGGGACUCAGCAGUGGAGUGAGCUCCUGAGCAGGGCAUUAGCCCUCUCUGGGCCAGGGAGACCAGGGUGCCCUUGGAGCUUGCUCUUGAAGGGUACAUGGCUGUUCACUGGUGAAGUGUUGGGUACAGGGAACAGCAAGAAAAAGGCACAGAUGGGCAGCAUGUCACUUGCAGGGAGUGACUUUUCUUUAUUUGAGUGUAAGUGCUGUGGGUGGAAGGUCAGCUGGGGCCAGAAGGGGAAGGGGCCCGAAUGCCUUGCAUGUUUCAUCUCAGCUCUGCAGUGAGGCCCAAACCUGAAGUGGGCCUUCAUUUAAGUAUUUGGGGAGACUGCCUGGCCCAACUCAGGCGGUGACUGCAGCAGGAGAGAGACGUGCAGUCAGAAGAAAGGUCUUGCUGAGCAAACGGGACCCAAAGAGGGAUGUGCAAGAUCUGGAAACAACAAAUGGUUUUCAAACUCAAUAGUCCCCUCCAGCAAUCAGCAAACAGCCGGGUGGCUGCAGAUCUUCCAUCCACCCACUAAGGCAGCCAGCAAUCCCUGUCUCUGCAGUGGCGGAGGAAACCUCUGUCUUUUGCAAUCCCUGUGAUUCGGAAGCUUUCCACCCCUCUGGACCGGCCCCUCUUCCCCUCCCACCCCUCCGCUCUGAUCCGUGUGGUUUGCUAAGGGAGGAAAGCCAGAGCAGGAAACAGAUAACUUAGGGAGUGGCUGUUCAUGUGAUUAAAAUGUCUUUGCUUUCCAAAAAGUUUUGCCUGAGAUUACUUCAAAUCGCCUGACUGGGGUGGGAUUUGGAGAGGGGGCUUCUUGCUGCCUUCUGGGCAGCAGCGCCUCAGGGCUGGGCACAGGGCUGGAGGCAUGGGGUGUUGGGGGGCUUGGCACUUCUCUGGGUCCUGGAGGGGCUCCUUGGCCUCUGUGGGCCCCGUUCCCCCGAAUGUCUCUGUCUCCCAGCCCUUUUGGUUUGUUUCUGCAUCAUGUCUCGCCUCUCCUGGGCACCCUGUCCCCCCUUCUCCUCUUAUCUGCUCUGACAGGCACUCUCUCACCCCCUGCCCCUCAUUCCCAACAUCGUGUCCUCACUCCCUGUCUCUCCAGGAUCUCUCCCUCAUCUCUCUGUCCCCUGCUUGUUUUCUCCUCUCUAUCUCCCUUCCCUCCUCUCCACACCCCCACUCCAUGUCCCCCUCCCCAGGGUUUUCCUGAGGCCUUUUCCUGUCCCUGUGAAAGCUCCCAUUGUUCCUUGCACUUUGACAAACCCUAGUGUUGUGGAAUCAGGAUGGCAUUUUUGUGGUGGCUUUGGGCUGGGAACGGGGGUGGGAGGGGUGACAAGAGGCCAGGCCUUCUGGGCCCAUGCUGGGCUGCAGCAGGAACCCAGAAGAGGGGAGGGGGCCCUGGGCAAGGAGGCGAGGACGGCUGUGCGCAGACAAGGAGGCCCUUGAGGCUCCAGAGGAAGCCCCGGGUGGCCUCUUGCCGCGUCCUUCCUCCCUCCCAGCAUCCUGCAGGCCGCGGCCCAGCCCACCUGUCCCUCUGACCGCCUGCUUCCUCCGGGGCCUCCAUGGAGCCUGCAGCUGCCCAGACCAGGCUGCAGGGAUGCAGCCCUUCCACCUGCCUCCCCCGGCCGUGCAUGUGGACAUGUGAGUGUGGAGGUCUUUGGUUGGUCCCUAAAGCAGUACCACAGAGCGCAGAGGGGAAGGAAAAGCCAGGGGCUCGGCACUUAGCAGACUUGCUGCCCCUGUCUCGAGCCUCAGUUUCCUCAUCCGUCAUUAGGGUUAAGAGUGCUGAUUCAAUGAGGCCGUGGCAGUGAUCAGAGCUAAUUUCAUGUGGUAUGCAUAGGUCCCAUGCCUGUCACUUGGGAGGUCUGUCUGGCCUCUGCCUGAGGGUGUGAAUCCAAGUGUGUUUUCACAGGUGUGAGUCCGACUUGGGCUUGAGCCCAGGAGUGUGUGGCUAGGGGAGUUCGCGACUGGUGUGGGUCACGGUUGGGGAAAGGGUCACAGGGCUGACUUCUUUGGAAGGCCUUGGACUGAGAGCUCCAUGAAGACAGGGCUUUCUUCAUCUGUCUUGUUUCCAUAUUUCUGGAAUUUUCCACACAGCCUGGUGCAGAGUGGGUGCUCAGUGUAAAUUAGGUGAACAAAUGAAUACUGAGGUGGUGGCCAGGGACGGAGGUAAGAGGUGCGGCUGUGUUCCUAGGAGCAGGCUUUUUCUUUAAUUUUCUCUCAACCGUCUCACGGAGAGGCCGCACAUUCAGUGGAAAGUGUCGUUUUGGAGUCAGCAAAUUGGGUUUAAGUUCUGGCUCCAUGGCUGUGUGGCCUUGAGCAGGUUGCUUGGCCUCUCUGUACCUCAGUUUGCUCUCCUGUUAAAUGAAAGAGCUCUGGAGAGCCAGGUCAGAAAGCGUGUGGCACAUUGUAGAUGCUCAUUGAAUGCUAGUGUCUCCAGCUCCACCAGAGCAGCCCCCUCACAUGGAAGAUAGAAAAACCAAGGCUUUGGCCGGGCACAGUGGCUCACGCCUAUAAUCCCCGCACUUUGGGAGGCCGAGGCGGGCGUAUCACGAGGUCAGGAGAUUGAAACCAUCCUGGCUAACACAGUGAAACCCCGUCUCUACUAAAAAUACAAAAAAUUAGCCAGGCGUGGUGGCGGGCACCUAUAGUCCCAGCUACUUGGGAGGCCAAGGCAGGAGAAUGGCAUGGAACUGGGAGGUGGAGCUUGCAGUGAGCGGAGAUCACGCCACUGCACUCCAGCCUGGGUGACAGAGCGAGACUCUGUCUCAAAAAAAAGAAAAAAGAAAAAAAAAGAAAAACCGAGUAUCUAAGACAGGCGUGGGAGAGCCAGGGCUCAACCUGGACCUCUGACCUCUAUCCCCUGUUUACUCCGCACUGCCCCAGGCUCAAGGAGAGACACUAGGGAGAAUGACCAGGGACCUUCUGCCUCCUCUGGUAAAGGCCUCCAGAAAGGGCCAGCAAGGCCACACAGAGGAUCCUGGGCUGGGGUCGUGAGUCCAUGGUCAGCCCUGCGUCCCCUCUGUGGACUAGUUGCCCCACCCCUGUGGCCUCUGUUUCUACAUCAGUGGAAAGUCUUUCUCGAACUCCUGAGACCGGGGCUCUUCCUCUCUGGGAAGGUAGACUGGAGCCCAGGGCCACCUCAGCGGCCGGGCUGCAGGAAAGCACGCAGACUGGGCAGACCGGGCAGGACAGGGGCCAGCAGGCAGCCCAUCUGUUCUUUAUUUCCUCCCCCUGCUCCUCUUGGCUCCAGCCAGAGCCUCUCAGCUGGACGCACGGUGGGGUCGGCCUUGUGCUCCAUGGGAGGGCGGAGCAUGAGUGGGCUGCCAGGCACAUGCUGAGUUAUGGGCCUCCUGGGAGGCCAGUGACCCUGCCCAGCGGUCAGUCCAACCUCUCAUUCUGGAGAUGGGAAAACUGAGGCCCAGAGAUGGGGAGGGAUGCCCCCAGCAUGCCAGGACCCAUGAGAACAGCGGCCCCUUCCCGUUUCUCACCAUCCCGGCUUGGUGGGUCUCUUCUUUGUGCAAUCCUGGCAUGUUGUGUAGCAAUUUAGAAAGUGAGCCCACGUUAGGUGGCUUGGGCUCGAAUCUGGACUGCCCCAUUUCCUGGCAGCGUAGCUUGGGCAAGCCAUGUAACCUCUACAUGCGUCAGCGUUCCCAUCUGAAGCCUGGGACUAACCGUACUUAGCUCAUGGAUGGUUGUCAGGACACAAAGAGUGGCUGGCCCUGACCAAAAAUACCCAAUGUUGGAGCAACAGUGAUUUCUCCAUCCCAGGGUUUGGCAGGGCACAGGCCUGCGCCCCUGUGCAGAUGGGAGUGGCAAGGCCAGGUCUGGGGGUGAGGCACAUACCUCAGGCUGGGAGGUAUCGAGGCCUAUAGCUGGAACCCAUAUCCAGAGAGCAGAGGCCGUGCAUCCUGGGGCACAGUGCAGCCUGGAGUCAUGGCGUGCAGGGCACAGCCUCCGGCUCUCAGUGCCCACCCUGCUCCCCUCCUGGUCCCUAUGAUUCUCUGCCUCAACAACCAAAGGCCACAAUGUCACCUCUGUGCAAAAGGGACUCAUUGUCUAAAAGGGAUGGGGAGAUCAAGCUUCACCCUAAAGGAUCACUCACUCGUGGUGGGACUUCAAGCACCUGGAGGGGAGUGACCAGUCAGGCUGUGGUGUCAUGUGACAGUGUGUGGACAUGUCUGGCUUCCCUUAAAAUGGAAGGAGCAGAAGGGACCCAGGGGUGGGGAGUGCAUUCCACGGUUGGGGGGCUAGCUCUAUGGACAUAAGUAUGAUCCAACAGAACCAGCAGCCUGAAGCCAGCCAGUGCCCAGGACCCAGGGUCUACACCUGCAGGGGCAGGAGUGUGGCCACAGCCACCAUCUCUGUGGGGUUUCUGUCACCUUGGGAAAGCACAGUGCGCCCCCUAGGGGGCAGGAGGGGCCUGCAGGCCAGGGAGUGGGCUGGCUACCAUCUUCUUCCAAGCCAUACCCACUCAUUAAAGGCAAUUCAUUCAUUAAGACAGAGCAUAAGCUGCAGAAGUAAGAGCAUCAACAGUCCUGUCUCUCAGCCCUUGUGGCUGCUUUCCUGCCAGUCCUGUUCUUGUGCAGCGGUUAUCUUCGGUUGCUUAUCCUGCUCUCUUUAUAAGUAUUUUCCCAAACCCUGAACAAAAAUCACCAUAACUAUUUUAAUGGCUUUAUUGUCAUUCAUCCAAAGGGUAUAACGUAAUUUAGGGAACCCGGGCAUUGUCGGUGAAUGUUUCGCUCAUUCCAGAUUUACAUUGUCCUAACUCAUGCUGUAAUGGACAUUUUUGAACACCCCUUUUGUCCGCAUGUCUGAUAAUUUCCUUGGGAUAGUCGCCCAGAGAUGGAUUUGCUUAGGAUAAGGAAUGCACAUUUUUUUAAAGUUUGGAGGCUUACAGAAGUUUGAAGUUGUCCUAUAGAAAUAUAGUAGGAAAAUAUACCUGUUCAGCCCCCACCCCAGCAGCAUCUCAGAGUGCCUGUCUCCACACCUGCCUGGUUGGCCUUUACCAGCUGCAGGGGUUGGGAGGACUGUAGAGUUGGAAGUGCCUCCAGAGUCACCAGAUCCACCUGCCUGACCAGGGCAAAGGCCCCCUCAGCAGCCUCCCUGAUACUUGUUCUCUCAGCCUCUGCUUGCAUACCCCCAGUAAAAGGCAGCUCACCACCUCCCAGCCAACCUCAAGAGAUUUCACGUGGGGAUGGGAAGAAAACACUGAACCGUUCUGAAGAAGUGCCCAGAGAGUGUGAGCCUCCUCCACAGCUCUUCCGCAGCCGCUGGCUUGCCUGGGGGGCCCCUCCCACUUCCCCGCCCUGCAGCGCUGCCUUCUCUGCUCCUUGGCUUGGCUCCUCCUUCCCACCCCCACGCUGGCCACAGCUUCCCACUUCCCAGGCUGCCCUCGUGUGACGAUCCCAGCCUCAGUCUGGAAGUCAGAGGAUCCUUCCCUCCCCCGAGCUCAGUCAGAUUUACUGAGUGUGUCCUUGAGUGAGUCCCCUUGCCUCUCUGGUCCCCAAAGGGCCUGUCUGUGCUACAAGGAGUGGUUUCUGAGCUCCAGUGAGCUUUGCCCAGGCUCCUGGCAGAUGUGAUCCCCCAGAGGGGUACGUGGCAGGGGCCUGGGUCAGGAGAGCCUGGUCAGGCCUGGCAUCCUUCCCAGCUGGGCGGGUGGUGGCCCCUGCAGUGCUGUCAGCAGUUACCGUCUGUUUCAUGCUGAAGUUUAUGAGAAGAGGCCGUGCCUUUCUGGGAGGAGGCAGGGGGGGUGUGUGGUGAGUAGAGAAGCCUUUGUUCUGUUAGAAAUUCCUUCUCCCCUUGGCCCUGCCCUCAUUUGUAAGCAUAAACAACAUCGGGACUGAACCCUUCCAGGAAAUGGCUCCUUGCUGCUAAGAGCUGCCCACAGUCCUUCUUCUCCUCCAUCCACUGCCUUUACCCCUGCCCUGUAGGCCACCUCUACCGAGGUCACCGCCAAGGCCUGACACUGGACUGGGCUGAGGGGAGGCCCUAGGAAUUUUCUUAUAAAAUUCCUGCUAGGGGGUCUCUCCCCACCAACACAAGCCUCCAUCAUGGUGGGGACAAUUUUGGGGGUGGCAGACAGAAGAGGUGAGUCAAGUGUGGCCUUGUGGAAGAGCCUGCUGAGCCUAGCCUGCUGCCCUUCACGCACUGGAAGCACUUUGGCAAGUCCUACCCCCUCCCUGUGCCUCAGUUUCACCAUCUGUUAAUAGGUUGAUAAUGUCCCCUGCCCCACAGGAUUCUAGGAGAGUUGGCUGGGGGCCUGACGGGCUGUGGAGUCCUAAGCAUAAAGCCCAGCACACAGGUGGUGCCACACAAAUGCCAGUUCUCUUUCCUCUUUCCUCAACCUCUGCCAGCAGUGUCCCCAGAGCUUCUGCAGCGUGGUCCUUCCACGAGAAUUCUAGAAAGCGAAGACACCUAAUGCUGUUUCUUCUUUUGCUUGCCAGUCCAUUCCUACUCAGGGAUAGAGAGCUACCCAGAUAUCCCUCCCAGGUUUCCCUCCCAUCUCUGGAACCAUCCUCCUGGGACUAAUGCCUGUGGACCUCAGCCCUAGCCUCUGCAAUACCUCAGACACCUCUGCUCUCUCUCCUAGUGUAGGCAAGGAAGAAGAGAAUCACCCUGAAAUAGCUAAUGGUGACCGAGCACUUGCAGUUUGCCAACCACUGAGCUGAGACCUUUACACGCAUGAAUGUGUCAAAUCCCAACAGCCCCGGGAGGCAGGUCCUUUAUCAUCAUCCUGGUUUCCAGAUGAGGAAACCAAGGCACAGAGAGUUUGAAUAACUUGGCGAGGAACUCCCUGGAUAGUCACAGGCAGAGCCAGAUGUCAUUGCAGGCAUCUGGCCCUGGAGACCACAAUUGGAGCCACAUCCCAUGCAAUGGCGUGUUGGAGCCGGGCCCUCCCAGUGCCUGGCCUGACAGCAGCCGUGGGAAUGGUGCGCUGAGGACGUCUGGUCCUGCAGGAGGCUGGGGCCCCAUCCCUUGCCUGCCAAGCAGCCCACACGCCCUGACGGACGGCUCCAGACGGCUGCUUUUCUAAUUACAUGGUGCGUCCGUGCUUCCUGGCUCACCCCUCGCUCUUCUCUUUCAUCUUCCUGUUCCCUUCGGUUCUCACUCAGUGUCUUCUUUAUCUGUGUGGGUUUUCUUCCCAUUCAUUUCUGAAGCAGGGGCUCUGGGAACAAAUUCCCAGAGUCCACCUCCAGUCUGGCCCCAGUCCCCACGCUUCACUCUGCCCAGUGUCCUGGAAUGACUUGACCCCUCCUUCUGGUACCUUGACCCCUGUCCUUUGCCCCAACUGUGUGAGGCCAGGCACCAGGUCCUGUGAGCUCUCUGAGCUCAGAGGCCUGCAGAACCAGAUCCAGAGUGGGCCUGGCUGGUGAGAGUCCCCAAGUUCCCACCUUCAAUUAAGGAGUCUCAGACCUCAGCAUCAGGGAGGCACCCAUGCCUGCCCCCUCAUCCCUUCUGAAGACGUAGAUGCUUCUGGGGAGACAUGGGGGAGUGAGUUCAUCCAGUGCUUUAUUUCAGAUAAUGGAAGAUGAGGGGUUGUGAUAGAGGGGGUGGCUUAGAAGUCACAGGUUCCAGACCCCAGGUGAAGGAGAAGGUAGCACCAGAAACAGUCAGAGGGACAUGCACUAACUUGAGAUCAACAGAGCUCAGUGUGCCUUCAGAGGCACACGUUGACCCCUCUAUUACAAACUGACUGGCCCCAGGCCCUAGCUGCCCACUGAGCACUCCCCUGGGUGUGACUGACCCCUUUCUCAGAUCUGACCAGUGCUGAGGGCAGCCCUGCCCUGGAGCUCAGGCUGAACCUUCUCCCAAGAAUGUUACAGCUGCCAGGAAGGCCACUGAGGAUCCAAAGACGUUAGGCAGUGGGCCCAGGAGAUCAGGGUGGUGUUGGUGUCACUUUCUAACUUUAGAUUUGCGCACUCAGCACGUACGUCCCCUCUUAGUGUUUUGCCUGAAAUUCUAGCAGGCUAUCACCAAGUGGUAGUAAUGGCGCCUGGGACAAAGAGGCAUGAUUACUAAAGGAAGAAACUAUGUACCAAUUUUAUAUACCACUUUUUGUUCUACAUUAAUAAAUAACAAUGGCACUAACAUUCCUGUUUUGUCUUCUGUGUGCCAGGCACUGUUCUAAAUGUUUUGCAUUUACUCCUCAGCUCAUUUAAUCCUCAGAACAGUCUUAUAUGGUAGUUACUAUCCUUAUCCUUGUGAAGUAACUCGCCCAAGAUCACAGAGCUGGGAUCUGGAUCCAGAGCGUGUGCCCUUAACCAUUACGCAACACUUCAUAAAUGGGCAGCUCCCCAAGGAAAGUUACUAUGGCAACAUCAUCUCAUAGCCCAGCACUUCUUUAACGUAAUGGCAUAUGAAUUCCCUGGGGCUCUUGUUAAAAUGCAGUUCUGAUUCUGCAGAUCCAAGGUGGGGCUCCAGACUCUACAUUUCUAACAAGCUGGUGGUGCUGCCGCUGUUGGUCCAGGGACCACACUUUGAAUAGCCACUGUGGAGAGCCUGCAUUGAAGCCUCUCCAACUCAAAGCCUGCGAGGGCCUAGUAGAGAACGUAAAUUCAGCUCUAGCUGGUGGGAGCAGAGGUGAUGUGGAGGAAGCACGUGCAUGCAAGCUGAUGGGGCAGCCACUCUUUAACCUCAACCGGCAAGGAUUCUAGACCAGUGUGGUCGCAUUUCUGUGUGAAAUCUCCCAUUUGCAAACAUUAGGGUAACUCAUUCAACUUUUAAAAACACUUGCAGCUUGCACGUGAAUGUUCAUAAUAGCAUUAUUCAUAAUAGUCAAACAUUAGAAACAGCCCCAGUGUCUAUCAUCUAAUAAAUGGGGUAGUAAAACAUGGCAUAUCCAUACAGUGGAAUAUUAUUUGGCAACAGAAAGGACUGAAGUGCUGACGUAUGCUGUAGCAUGAACAAACCUUGAAAACAUGACAGUAAGUGAAGCCAGACACAAAAGGACAAAUGUUGUAUGUUUCUACUUAUAUUAAAUACCUAGAAUGGGGAAAUCCAGACAGACAGAAAGUACAUUAGUGGCUGCCUAGGGCUGUGUGGGAUAAGGAAGUGGGAGUAGGAUGGGGAAGGACUAUUACUGGGUAUAGGGCUACUUUUGGGGGGGCAAUAAAAAUAUUCUAAAAUUAGAUUGUGGUGAUGACUGUAUACUCUGUGAAUAUACUUAAAACCAAUUGAUUUGUCCACUUUAAAUGGGUAAACUGUAAGAUACAUGAAUUAUAUCAGCAAAGCUGUUAAAAUAACACUGUGUGGGAGACAGCUAGUUUCUUUCAUAUAUAAAAUGCAGUUACAAAUCAAUAAGAAAAAUUAGGCUAUUCCUGCAUGAAAAAAGAAUCAUAAAAAGUACGAACAAUUAGUUCACAAA